AUGGUGUUUGCGGAAAUCGUUGGCACAUUGUCGUUUCUCCAACCUCAAGCUGAUGAUGAUAUCUUUGAUCGUCUGCACUACUACUACACUACCACUUUUCUUCUACUGACAGCAGUGCUCAUCAGCUUGAAGAUGUUUGGUGGCCGACCGAUUGAAUGCUGGUUACCAGCUGAGUACAAGAGCAGUUGGGAAGACUAUACAGGUUCGUGUACCAAAGCAUCAUCCGAAAGUAUUUUCAGUAGCCUCUGA